CCGAAAAGGGCCCUUUGCGUUUAAACAAACUCACGCAUAUCUACUUCAUAUACACUUAUAAUCUGGAACAAAAAAAUAACAGCAUAAUAUCUCUAUAUUCAUACCUACAUUUCCACUCGCAAAAUGGCGCAACAACAGAUACCCUUUAUCAGUGCGCCAUUUAAGCGCACUGACGAUGUCGACUGGAUACAUCCUCUAAAACAAUGGAUUGCGCACGUUUACCAGGAUGAUCCCGAAAAGUACGGCGAAGAAACAUAUGCCUUGAACCGGUUACGACAAGAUAGUCGUGGUGCAGGCAAGGACUUAACUGGGCGUGAUUUGCUCUACCGAUACUUUGGUCAGCUCGAAUUGCUGGACUUGCGGUUUCCUGUGGACGAAAAACAUAUCAAGAUACUAUUUACUUGGUACGAUGCCUUCAAUGGCCGAGCCACGUCGCAAUACUCGCUUGCAUACGAGAAAGCAAGUGUUAUCUUCAACACAGCCUCAACCCUCUCUGCUAUUGCCUCAGCGCAGAAUCGGGCCGAGGCCGACGGUCGUAAACGCGCAUUCAACUUCUUCCAAGCAUCUGCGGGAAUGUUUCUCUAUAUCAAUGACAAUUUUCUGCACGCACCUUCGCAAGACCUGAACCGAGACACUGUCAAGAUGCUGACCGAGCUGAUGCUGGCACAGGCACAUGAAUGCUUUUUGGAAAACUCGCUGAGGGAAAAGAAAAAAAGUAGUCUUGUGGCCAAGCUGGCUAGCCACGCGGCGUGGGUGUAUGGAAGUCUGACGGACGAUAUCCAGGAUUGUAUCAGUCGCGGCACUGGUGUCGAUAAGAGCUGGAUGCUGAUGGCCCAGAUUAAACACAAGUAUUAUCAGGCAUUGGCACAGCAACACAAGGCAGCCGCCUGUGGUCUGGAUCAGAAUUUUGGUGAACAAGUGUCACGCUUAGCAGCAGCUGAAACCGUUGCAAAGGAAGCCACCAAGCUGGUCAACAGUGGCGCGUCAUCACUCAAUGCCGCAGGGCAAAACAACAACAACAGCAACACUGGUAGUGCCAUGCAUACCAUGCCGGCAGAUUGUGGAUCCGUAUUGCAAGAGUUGUGUAAAUCUUUGGCAGCAACAUUGGCAGACAAGCAUACAGCCGCGGCGCGUGACAACGACAUGAUUUAUCACGACCACGUUCCCAAGGAUGCGAUUUUAACCCCUAUCGACCGUCUCAAGGCCGUCAAGCCCGUGCCCAUCUCGGAACUCUAUGGCCCCAACGAGGUCAGCAAGGUCAUUGGCGGUGAUAUUUUUACGCGCCUGAUCCCGUUGAGUGUUCACGAGAGUGCUUCCAUGUACUCGGAGGAAAAGGCGAAACUGGUCAGAGCAGAGUCGGAACGCUUGGAUAUUGCAAAAGCCGAACUGAAUGCAUCGCUUGAGUAUAUGAAGCUGCCCAAAUCUUUAGACAAGUUUAAGCAACAGGGCAAUGCAGACAGCGCCAUGUUGGAUAGCUUUGCUGUGCCAACACCGGAGGUUCGUGGGUGGGCGGACAAGUUGGCAAGCGAAGAGUCGAGUAAUAACACGACUGUUCGUGAGUUGAUCGAAACCUUGGAUGGCCUCAAGUCGCGCGCUGCACAGAUGUUGGAUCAAGCAUCUUUCGAGUUGGAUCAAGAGAUGCGAGAAUGUGAAAAUAUGCGGGUAAAAUAUGGCGACCAAUGGACACAAAAACCAUCAGGGUUGUUGACGGGUGAUUUCCGCCAGGAUCUGCGUAAUCAUCGAGAGUCGUUGAGCAGUGCCUCACAAUCGGACACCCAGCUACUACGACAGUAUGACGAAAUUGCCCAAGAUAUCGGAGUACUACGUCAAGGUGGCAAGAGCAAGCCAUUGGAAACCGUGUUUACCGAAAGCCUGGCGGGAUUGUUGAACGAUAAAGCCAAUGGCGGUAAUGGAAGUGGUGUCAAUAGCUUACUUGAUCUUGAAAUUGAUGUUGGUAUCAGCAGCAAGAGUAUGGAAAUCAAGAUCAAGCGCGUGGAGGCGGCUUUGGAUAAGCUUCGACAGAUGGAAAACGAUCGUCGUGAAACAUUUGAAGAUUUGAAAGAAAAGACAAUGCAAGAUGAUAUUUCGCAACUCUUGAUAUUGAACAAAAAGACGGUGAAUAUUGAGCAACAGAUAUUUAGCUCUGAAUUGGAAAAGUUUCGGCCACAUCAACAGCGGAUCACCGCAUCGAUCCACCAGCAGCAACAGGUGAUCCAGGAACUGACGACGGCGUUCAAGUCAGUGAUGGAUGGAGAGGAAGCACAAAAGCUGCAAAAACGUUGGGAAACUGCUGAACGGCAACGACGCAAUGUUGUUGACCGGUUUAACCGAGCGCAAUCAGGUUAUUUUGAAACCAAAGAAGGUUUAAGGUAUGGAUACUCAAUAUACGGGCCUUAGUUUGACGGGAUCGCUCACAAGAGAUGAGGAGGAAAAGGAGC